AUUAACCCCAGUUCGACCCAUGGAGGACUCAUUCGUUUCCCCAAAGAACAAAAGGAAAAGAUCUGUAUCUCCCCAAGGAAGGAAAAGAAGAUUGUCUUGGACUGAUUCAGAAAUUAUUUCAGGACCCAUUGCACCUUCUUCCACUUCGAUGGAGGAAUCAGAACCCACCAUAACUUCUUGCUCUGGUUCACAAGAGAAUUUGGAGACAAUUCCAGGUUUGUUAUCUGGUUUGGAAGGGAAAGAAGGUCAUGUACAUGGUUUUUGCUCUGCAUCUGAAGAGAAACCUCAAGCCAUGAAGGCUUCAGGAAAGAGAGCCGCAUCCACGGAUCUUCCUUAUGGUAGUUCAAAGAGAGUAAAACCCAUUUCAGUUGAUCCUUUGAAUUUCAAAGAAACAGACGCCUCUUUAUCAGGAGCUGCUAUGUCUCUCUUGACAUCAGGAGCCACGAAGACUUCAUCCACUGGUCAAGGAAAUGAACCCAAAUCCUUGGUCGAACGCAAUGUGGGCUCUUCCUCGGCUUCCAAACCAUCAAAAGAUUCUGAUUCAAAUGAGAACCCUGACCUCACCAUUCAAGAGGAGCAACGUUCACAAGAAAAACUAGAAGGAGAAGAUCAAGAAUUAGAAGGAGAAGAAGAAGUAGGAGAAGGAAAGGGUGUGGUUAUUCCUUUUGAGGGAUGUACAUCAGAAAAUUUACGGUUUCGGUGUGGGCCUUUUGGGCCCGUUAGAUCAUGGUGUAUUACAGGCUUUCGUGGAAUGUUCCUCUCUAUUUGGGUCUCAACAGGAUUGGCCGAUUACCUAUGUGUAAUGCCUAGAGAAAGCUACUUCCAUUACUAUAGCUGCUUCAAAUUUAAGGCUUCACUCUGUUUUCGAACCUUUCAGGAACUCACUUUGGAUAAAGAGGUGGAAUUUGGGGAUCUUUUAUCACUUCUGGCCUUAAAUAUGCUAGACGAUUGCCCAGGUUAUGCUGACUUUAACUUGAUGUCGGACGCAGCGAAGCCUCAUAUGGCUUUUGUAGCUGACCAGUUGGUUGCGCUUGAUGAGCAUUUCUCUGAGUUUAAGGUGAUAAAAAUGAUAAAUGAGGAGUUCAAGGAGGAUAUGGAGAAGAUCAGAAUUCUUAGGCAAGCGAAUAUGGUGAGCGGAAGGAAAUUUUCAGGCUCUUUCUACUCGAUCCAAAACUGCAAUGAAGAGUUUACCAAGGCGAGCUCAAAAGAUAAUGAUGGUGAGAAAGCCAGGAGAGGGGCCACUUCCUCCCAAACUUCUUUGGAGGAGGAGAAGCAUCAUCCUCCUAAGAAGCAAUCUCUUCCUACGAUUAUUGAGAGCCAGGAGAAGAACAUAGAAACAAUAAAGAAGACGGCCUUGGAUGUUAGGAAAAAAACAGAAGAAAUAGAGGUGGUUAAUGACGAAUAUGUCGCAGUUAGCAUUACUGGGACCACAAAUUCCAAGACUACUAAGGACCAAAGAAGGCUCAAGGGAUUUGAGAUGUUGGACAAGGGAGAAGUCAUGCAGCCCUUUGAAAAUUUAGAAGCUGAUCGAAUGUACAUCACCUCUGAGAUUUGGACAAGCUACAAUUCGGAAGAACCCGACCUAGGGGUUCGGUGCAAGUCCUUUGGUCCAGCCUUAUCUUGGUGCAUUACAGGCUAUGAGAAGGAGGCCCCUGAGAUAUGGGUGUCGACAGAAAUGGCAGACUACCUUUGUCAAAAGCCAAGUGCAGAUUACAUGCCUUUCUUUAAGCCUUUCUAUGAGAAGGCAAUGCUCUGCAUCCAGGCCUUUCAUGUCAUCUGUGCGACUCCUGAUUUGGAAUUUGAUGAGUUCUGUAGGAAACUGGUUUUAGAUAUAUUUCCCUGUUUUGACACCUUCAAAGAUGAAGAAACCACUUGGAACUAUGUGAAUUCUAACUUGGGUUUCGUAGCCGAGCAGCUUAUUGGGCUUGAUGGGAUAGUCUUCUCUGAAAUAACAUCAAUAAAAAGUAUUGUACAUAAGUGCAAUGUGGAUGUUGCAAAGGCAUUGGAUAGAAAGGCGUGCGGUUCAUUUCUUUCACUCGAUGACAAGAAUUGGCGGAUCCAACAAUGUCAAUCAGCAGAGACCAGGAAGAAGCCAGAGAUUGAUAUUCCUCAGGUUUGGAAUUCAGGGACUUCAAACCCUGCGUUCAAGAGAUGGAAGAAGGAAAAGGCAAAGAGAGAGAGGAAAAAGCAGCCAUUGCCACAGUUGAAAUCAUGUGAAGAUUUGGCGAAGGAGGACGUAGGUUUUACUAAAACCAAGCUUGGAUACAAUAUUUGGACAGACUAUCACUCAAAAAAGAUGGGGCGAGAGGAGAGCAUGGAUGUAGAGCAUGGUAAACCAGGGACUAUGGAACAUGAUAAAACAGAGGUUGGUAAGGAGGUGACUACCAUGGAACUGGAGCAUGUAAAGCCAGAGUCUCGUAUGGGGUGUAGGCAAGAAGAGAGCGGGGAAGUGGAGCAUGGUAAACCAGAGUCCACCAUGGAGAUUAGGAAAGAACAAAGCAUGGAAGUGGAGCAUGAUAAACCAGUGAGUGGUCCAAAAACUUCUGAGAAAAUGGUGAUGUGGAUCAAGGCACCAAUCCAUGAUCCAGUGUCUGGUGAUAUGUUGUUUGGAGGAGCAUCCCUCAAUGGAGAAACCUUGAGUGUUAAAGAGGUGGCAUUGGUCAAAGAAAACGGGUGUGAUAUUUUGGUCCUAGUGCAGUAUAUGUAUCAGAGGUCUGAUGAGUCCAACAUGGCUCAUGGGAGAGUUUUAGUGAAAGGUUGUGACACUUUCUUAGGGAAUGCAGCAAAUCCAAAGGAAGUUUUCUUGAAUGAGAGAUGCAUAGAUUUCAAGCUAGAGAAUGUAAAGAGAAAGGUGAAACUAGACUUGAGGUUGGUUCCUCACAAAAAGGAUGAGUCUGCUGAAUUCUUUUGUGGCAAUGUUUAUCUGAAGGAGAACAGGGCCUUUUUAAGGAUUCAGAAGAAAGAACUUGAGCAAGCGAUGGGGAAGUGUUCGGUUUGCACAGAGAGAGAGGCUUUGGUUCCUCUGAAGUUAGAGAGAGGAGAUUAUGUGUAUGUAAAGGCUGUGUUUUGGGGGUAUGAUGACAUUAAAAGACCACAUGUGGUUUGUGAGGUUUUGAAUGUAUAUGAAGAAGCCUCACCAUCGUCUCGGAUCAAUGAAGUGUGGAUGGAAGUGAGAAGGUUUUACAGGCCUGAGGACAUUUCUGCCAAGACUUCUUAUGAGGCAGACCUUAGAGAA